AUGGGCUCUUCUCCCUCAAAAUCAGUUGUAAUGGAUGAACUUCAAGAGAUGGAAGUUGCUUUGAGGGGAAAAGAUCUCCCUGGUACGAUGGAAGAAAUUAAUAAAGACUUAAAUGCAUUAAAGAAUACCACAGUUGACAUUGCCAUUACAGGGGUGUCGGGUGCUGGAAAAUCAUCCCUUGUCAAUGCCUUGCGAGGAAUGACAGAUGAUGAAGAAGGCGCAGCUGAGAGUGGAGUAAUGCAGACAACUACGGCUCUGAAGGGAUAUCCACACCCCUUAUUUCCAAAUGUAAUGUUAUGGGAUCUACCAGGAAUUGGAACAUCUCAGUUUAAGGCAAAGGAAUACUUAAAGACAUUUAGCUUUAAGGAGUAUGAUUUGUUCAUCAUUGUUUCCUCAGAACGUUUCACUGAGAACGACGUUCUUCUGGCCCGUGAAAUUCAUAAAAUUAAGAAGAAGUUCUACUACGUGCGCACCAAGGUGGAUGUCAGUAUAGAUUCUGAAAGAAGAAGACCAAACUUCAGUGAGGAGAAUACCCUGGAGAAGAUAAGGAAAUACUGCUGUGAUAACCUCUCAGAGACAGGAUACUCUAAUCCAAAGGUCUUUCUCAUCUCCAGGUGGGAUUGGAGUAUAUAUGAUUUCCCACUCCUGUACUCGGCCUUGGAGAAUGAUCUAGAUGACCUCAAGAGACAUGUUUUAAUUGAAUCAAUGCCAGGUUUCUCAAGAGAAAUCAUAAGAAAGAAAAAGGCUGCCAUGGACGCCCUUAUAUGGAAAGUCGCCCUUGUGUCUUGUGGCAUUAGGGCAACUCCUGUUCCAGGUUUCCAUCUUAGUUGUGAUAUUGCCUUUCUGGAAGAAACAAUGAGAUAUUUCUGCAAGGUCUUUGCCUUCGAUGAAUUUUCUCUCCGUAGACUUGCACACUGGGCCACUAUUCCUUUUGAUGAGUUGAGAUCAGCUGUCAAAAGGUCCCCCAUGGCCAGCCAAAUCACCAAGGAAUUUGUCACUGAUCUAUUGAAUAAGUCAAUGUGUGCAAUGACAAUCGAGGCUGAAUUUAUUCUUGAUUUAAUUCCUGUCUUGGGCUCUCUCUGUGGUGUUGUUUCUUUUACCACUGUAUUCUAUAUGCUGAAAAGCUUUCUGUAUGAUGUUGAAGAAGAUGCUGAAAACAUCUGGGCAAAAGCUGCUGAGUACGUACAGCCCAAGCCGUGUACAGUGCCAAGAACCCCUCAGGAGAACAGACUCAAGUAA